AUGGAGGAGGAUAAAAAGAGAAAAAGGCGUUAUGAAGAAGCUGUUCGUGCUGGAAAAAUUAAAAAGAUGGGAAGAAAGAGAAAGACUGAAAAUGAUUUAAAACGAGAAAAGAAGGAUAAUUCUGAACAACGACAACUUGCUCGAUUGGAACGCAAGGAAAGAAGGAAGCGUGAAAAAGAAGAAAAUCGACAAAGGAAAAAUAAUAAAUUAAUUAUUUCAACAACUCCAACAAAUGAAAAUUUGCCAAAUAAUUUAAAUAAUUUGUCGUCAAUUUCUACAAAUACUGCUUCAACACCAACGCCUUUUGCUGCUAAUAAUAUUUGUUGUAUGGAUGAUGAUGAGGAAGAAAAUAAUGGAGUAAAUAAAACGAUUCCAUUAACUGUUGUUAACAACAAUAAUAAUAAUAAUAAAAAAGAAAUAUCAUCAUCAUCAUUAUUAAAUAAUAAUAAAAUAACUUCAAGACGUGAACAACAACGAAUUGAAAGAGAAGCUAAAAAGAUUGAAAAGGAGCGUUGUCGUGAAGAAAAGAAACGUUUAAAAAUGGAGAAAAAAGCAGCUUUAGCUGCUGAAAAAAUUGCUGCACGUCAACAAAAGAAGUUAAACUUUCUUCCUUCAUAUAACGGCAAAUUUAUUGAUGGUUCAACAACAACAUCACUUUUAUUAUCAUCAAAUUCUGAAUUAAAUAAAAACAAUUUAAUUGAUGUUCCUUGUACAAGUACAAGCUCGUCUUCUUCACUUUUAGACAAAAUAAAAAUUGAAAAAUUUGUUGUAGAAAAUGAAAACAACAACAACAAUAAUUUUAAUUUGUUUAAUAAUGAAAAUGAUUUUUUGAGGGAACAAUCAAAAUUAGAAAUGAAACGUCCUUCAGCUACUAUUGGUAUUGCUACUGUUCAUAGAAACGGUUUAAUUCAAUCACCAAUGGGUUUGAAUAAUAAUAAUAAUUCGAUGAUUAGACAACCUCCAAAUAAAAUGGCAAAAUUGGAAUCGGAUGAUGGAAAUAAAAGUGGUAUUUUGAUUGGAAUUGCUGUUACAUCGUCGUCGACAACAACUUCCUCUACUUCUACUACUUAUCAACAACAACAAACUCCUUCACUUUCAGUUAUUUCAAGUAUUGAACGUUCAAAUAAUAAUAUUGAUAAUAAAUCGACAACAAUUUUACAGCAAAAUAAUAAUUUGUUAUUUAAUAAUAUUAAAAAGAAUAAUGAUUGUGCAGUAGGUGGAGGUGGAGGUGGAGGAAUGAUUGAUGGUCUUUCAUCCAUUUCAAAUGGUGGUUCAUCAAUUAAUUUACAACAAAAAUUGUUAUCUUCCUCACAAGAAUCAUUACAACAAGCAUUACAAAAAAAUCCAGAAUUGGCAUUUAAUUUGCAAUCCUUUGCUUCUCUAUAUUCCAUCGACCCAGUUUUAAUGGCUCAAGCAGCGUCAAAUCUUUCAGCAGGGUUUCCUUCUCUUCAAAAGCUAGCCCCAACAGAUCUCCAAAGACUUGUCAAUAAUCAAUCUUCUUCAACCUUUCCUCAAGGCUUGCCAUUAGCAUCACAAUUGGCUGCUUCUUUGGCUGCCUCCCAAACAUUAACAACCACAACAACAACUUCAAAAUCUCAUCAAAAUAAUUUGCCUCAACAACAACAACAACAAAACAUUCCAUUUAAAAAUCGUCGUUGGUGUAAUAUGCAUGCUGUAAUAGCCCAUGAAAUUGCUAAACACCAAGCAAGUACAACAACAAAAAAAUCAUCCACCUCUUCUUGUGUUGGGCGUGCUCCUUCCACAAAUUCCACCUUAACAACAACCCCAACAAUCGGAAUUGCUGGUAGACAUGCUACUUUUUGUAGUGGUAGUGGAAGUAGUGGAGGUAGUGGUGGAGGUGGAGGAAAAAUGGAAAGAAAAUCUGGAUUAGCGGCAUUACAUAAUACAUUACAACAACGAGGGAAAAGUAUGUGGAAAGAAAUUUUUUUUCUUCUAAAAUUUUGA